AUGGGUGCCCGGAGCCGUCAAGGGAAACCGUCCAAGCAGAACGGUCUGACUGUCGACACCUCAAAACGGUCGCCGACCAGCAGCCAACCCAACGCCAACGGCAACGGCAACGGCAACGGCAUGAACAACAACCUCGAGUACCGGCGCAAAGGCGCGCAUCAGGACUCCGACACCGUCACUGCCAACCUCAUGGCGCGAGAGGCCUUCACCCUCGACGACCAUGUCCCCGCGACCCCCACCGUCAACAACCACGGCUUCUGGGAGCUGCCCCUGUCCGACCAGCGCAACUUCGGCCUGCUCGUCCUCCUAUACUUUUUGCAAGGAAUACCCAUGGGCCUGGCCGGCGGCUCCGUCCCCUUCCUGCUCAAGGACCACAUGUCCUACAGCGAGAUUGGCGUCUUCAGUCUCGCUUCCUACCCCUACUCCCUGAAGCUGCUGUGGAGUCCUAUCGUCGAUGCGGUCUGGAGCCCCAACGUGGGGCGGAGAAAGAGCUGGAUCCUUCCUAUCCAGGUGCUGUCGGGCAUGGGCAUGCUGUGGCUCGGGUCCCACAUCGAGAGCAUGAUGACCAUGACCGGCAAGCCAGGCGGCCCGACCGUCUGGGGUUUCACCGGGUGGUGGUUCUUCCUGGUCCUCAUGUGCGCCACGCAGGACAUCGCCGUCGACGGCUGGGCCCUGACGCUCUUGACGCCCGGCAACGUCUCGUACGCCUCCACCGCGCAGACCGUGGGGCUGACCGCCGGCCAAUUCCUGUCUUAUACCGUCUUCUUGGCAUUCAACUCGAAGGACUUUGCCAACAAGUACUUCCGAUCCGAGCCUCUGGACCACGGUCUGUUGAGCCUUUCCGGCUAUCUCACCUUCUGGGGCUGGGCCUUCAUCGCCGUCACCGUCGGACUGGCCCUCAUGAAGAGGGAGGAGAAGACGAAGAACGAGGACGGCGUCUGGGACGUGUACAAGAUCAUGUGGGGCGUCCUGAAGCUGAAGAACGUCCAGACCAUCAUCCUCGUCCACCUGAUCGCCAAGAUCGGCUUCCAGGCCAACGACGGCGUCACCAACCUCAAGCUCCUGGACAAGGGCUUCGGCACCGACAACAUGGCCCUCACCGUCCUCAUCGACUUCCCCUUCGAGAUCGGUCUGGGCUACUACGUCGGCAAGUGGUCGCAAAAGUACACGCCCAUGCGCAUCUGGUGCUGGGGCUUCGUCGGCCGCCUCGCCGCCGCCGUCUUUGCCCAGUUCACCGUCGUCAUCUUCCCCGCCGGCGGCGUCAAGCCCUGGUACCUCCUCGUCGUCAUCGCCGAGCACGUCCUCUCCACCUUUAUGAACACGGUCAUGUUCGUCGCCGUCUCGGCCUUUCACGCGCGCAUCGCCGACCCCGUCAUCGGCGGCACCUACAUGACCCUCCUCGCCACAGUCUCCAACCUCGGAGGGACCUUCCCGCGCUACUUUGUCCUCCGGCUCGUCGACGCCUUCACCAGCGCCACCUGCCACCCGGGCCGGCCCGACCCCGCGGCCCACCUCAAGGGCCUGCCCGUCACCGAGCCCUUCUCCUGCGCCAUCCAGUCCGAGAAGGAGCGCUGCCUGGCCGGCGGCGGCAUCUGCGAGAUGGUCCGCGACGGCUACUACAUCGUCAACAUCCUCUGCGUGCUGUUUGGCCUCUUCACCUUCUUCUCCUUCAUCAGGCCGCGCGUCCUGCACCUGCAGAGCCUGCCCAUGCGGGCGUGGCGGCUGGCGACCGCUCCCGUCAAGGCGUAG